AUGAAUUCCAUUUUAAUUUGGAAUUGUAGAGGAGCCAAGAAAAAGAAGGCUUCUCUCUACCUCAAGGAGUUGGUUAAAGAUCACAAUGUUCUUUUUAUUGGACUAUUGGAGACUAAAUUAGUCAUUAUUGAGCAUAAAGAUGUGGAUUAUUUGAGUGGCACUGGUUGGAAUUAUAGUUAUGUUCCAUCUGCUAGUUUAUCUAGAGUCAUUCUCGUUCUUUGGAGGAGCAACCUAGCUAACUUCAAUAUGAUAGAGUCUUCUUCUCAAUUCAUUAUUGGCAAUUUGGAUAUCCUUAACAAGGGGAAAUGGAGGAUAGCUACUAUAUAUGGCAGCAAAGAUGUGUCCAAUGGAAGACUUCUCUGGAAUGGUUUGGAACCCCAUAUCACCCAUGAUUGGCCUAUGGUGAUCAGUGGAGACUUUAAUUGUCUUUUGGCAAAAGAAGACAAGAAAGGUGGUAGGAAUUUUUCUUUUUCUUUGGGGCCUAGAGAGAUGAAAUAUUUUAUGACUUCCAAUGAUCUUCAUGAACUCAACUUCAUUGGUCCUAGGCUGACCUGGAGUAAUAAUAAGAAAGGCUCUGAUCGGAUAAUGGAAAGAUUGGAUCGUAUAAUGGUAGAUUCUUUUGUUGUGAACUGUAAUCAAUAG